AUGGACAAUAACAAUAGUCAUACUACUACAACUCCUCCCAAGAAAUUAAGCGCUGGAGCGAAAGAAUUCUCUUUCAAUCCUGGUGCCGUUGCUUGGACACCGCCGCCUCCUGCACCUGCUCCAGUCCGUAAUUUUGAUGUAGUUAUGCCUGUUCCAAAGAAGGGUGGAGCUACUGUGUUGGGUGCAAGUGCUACUGCUCCUGCUUCUGCUCCAAUGUCAGCAGUGGCUCAACUGGAAGACAAGGUGGAGAAGCUGGCUGUACAGGAAGAGAAGGAGGAGGAGCAAGAGAAGAAGGAAGAGGAGAAGGAGGAAGAAGUGGAGAAGAAGGAGAAAGAAGAGGAGAAGGAGGAUGUCAAGGUUGAGGAGGGACAGGAGGAGGAAGAGACCUUUGAGGAGGAGGAGAUUGGCGAUGAGGACCCUCGUGAGCAUUUAAAUGUCGUGCUCAUUGGCCACGUUGAUGCUGGAAAGUCGACGCUCUCGGGUAAUCUGUUGUAUCUGAUGGACAUGGUAGACAAGCGAAUGAUUGAGCGAUACGAGCGCGAGGCCAAGCAGCGCAAUCGUGAUAGUUGGUUUCUUGCCUACAUUAUGGACACGGGCGAGGAAGAGCGAACGAAGGGUAUCACCGUUGAGGUUGGACGCGCCCACUUCGAGACUGAGAGCCGUCGUUUCACAAUUCUGGAUGCCCCGGGACACAAGAACUAUGUACCAAACAUGAUACAGGGUGCAUCACAGGCUGACAUUGGUCUCCUUGUGAUUUCGGCGCGAAAGGGCGAGUUUGAGACUGGUUUCGAGCGUGGUGGUCAGACGCGCGAGCACGCCAUGCUGGCGAAGACACUGGGCAUCAAUAAGCUUAUUGUCGUCAUUAACAAGAUGGAUGAAGCGAAGUGGGAACAGGAGCGAUUCGACGAGUGUGUCAACAAGCUUCGUCCAUUCCUGCGUACGUGUGGCUUUGCUGUGAAGCGUGAUGUAGCCUUUAUUCCCGUGUCUGGUCUUCAUGGAGAUAAUGUGAAGGUACGACUGGACAAGGCUAAGGCUCCGUGGUACGAUGGCGACUCGCUCAUUAACUACAUGGACAAGAUGCAUAUUGCCAAUCGUAACCCGGACGGAGCAUUGCGUGUGCCAAUCUUGGAUCGUUACUCUGAACGUGGUACCAUCGCCUUGGGUAAGGUGGAGUCUGGCAUUCUCAAGACAGGCGAGAAAGUGGUGUUGAUGCCUACGAAUACUUCGGCUAUUGUAAACCAAGUGUACAUUAACGAGGUGCCGGUACGUACUGCUAAGCCUGGCGAGAAUGUUACGAUUCGUCUGUCCAGCGGUCUUGACGAAGUACAAAAAGGCUUUGUGCUUUGCGGCAUCAAGGAGGAGAAUCCACCGCGUGCUAUUCACGCUUUUGCAGCGCAAAUUGCCCUUGUGGACACCCUGGAACACCGUCCACUGCUGACGGCUGGGUAUAAGUGUAUUUUGCACAUUCACACCGUCGCUCAGGAGUGCGUUGUGGCGAAAUUACUUCGCCCCAUUGACCCGAAGACGGGCAAGCCGGUGAAGAAGCAUGUGGCCUUCAUUAAGCAGGGCCAAGCCGUUGUGUGCCGGAUUGAGGUAGAGCAGAGUAUUACGAUUGAGACGUUUGCCAACAUGCCUCAGCUGGGCCGUCUUACUCUUCGUGACGAGGGUAAGACGAUUGCUAUUGGUAAGGUGCUGGCGCUGGAAAAGUAA